ACGUUCAACCCAACAACCCUUUUCUCCGGCCCCAUAAAAGCCUUCCGUCUCUCUCUCUAACGUGCUGGCUCUCCAUAAACCUCCAUACCGAGAGAGAGCGAGAUGGGAAAGAAGAAGGAGACGGCGUCGUUGGAGGAUCUGAUAGAGAAGGCUGGGGGCUGUGCAGUGGUAGAUGGAGGAUUCGCUACACAGCUUGAGAGACACGGCGCCGUCAUCAAUGACCCUCUUUGGAGCGCUCUCUGUCUCAUCAAAGACCCUGAUCUCAUCAAGCGGGUCCACUUGGAAUACUUGGAGGCUGGUGCUGAUAUUUUGGUCACUUCCUCUUAUCAGGCCACCCUUCCUGGAUUUCUGUCAAGAGGACUUUCUAUUGAAGAAGGGGAGUUGUUACUAGAAAAGAGUGUCAAGUUGGCUGUUGAAGCUCGGGAUAGUUUUUGGGAUUCUGUGAAAAGGACUCCUGGACAUUGCUAUAACAAAGCUUUGGUUGCAGCCUCCAUCGGAAGCUAUGGAGCUUAUCUUGCUGAUGGUUCAGAGUACAGUGGGAGCUAUGGACCUGAUGUGGAUUUGGAUAAGCUGAAGGAUUUCCACCGGCGCAGAUUGCAAGUUCUCGUGGAAGCAGGUCCAGAUUUACUUGCCUUUGAGACUAUUCCCAAUAAAAUUGAAGCUCAGGCCUGUGUUGAGUUGCUUGAAGAACAAAACAUUGAAGUUCCAUCUUGGAUAUGUUUUAGCUCUGUGGAUGGUGAGAAUGCCCCAUCAGGAGAGAGAUUUAAGGAGUGCCUUGAUAUAAUAAACAAGAGUAACAAAGUACAGGCAGUGGGAAUUAACUGUGCACCUCCCCAUUUUAUCGAAGCCCUCAUCUGCAAAUUUAAGGAGUUAACCAAGAAGGCAAUAGUUGUUUACCCCAAUAGUGGAGAGGUAUGGGAUGGCAGAGCUAAGAGAUGGCUGCCAUCAAAGUGUUUUGAUGACGACAAAUUCGAGUUGUUUGCAUCAAGAUGGCGCGAUGCAGGAGCUAAACUCAUUGGAGGCUGCUGUCGGACAACACCUUCCACCAUUCAAGCCAUUUCAAAGGUUUUAAAAGAAAGUGUCCUAAGCAAAGAAGAAGGUCGAUGACUAGUUGCCUAUUCAAUUUAUUUUACCUCGUGGAUUUAUAUUAAUUUAUUUACUUAAAAUGGGAGGAGGAGGAGAAGAAGGAGGUCGACUAUUAUUUACUUAAGAUGCUAGGCUGUCGCCCAAUAGUGACCGCUUGGUGUGUCCUAGGCAAAACUCUUCUUUCUUAUUUUUUAUUUUUUUUUAUUUUCACAUUUUUUAAUAUCUUUAAACAUUUUUUAAAAAUUAAAAAAUUAUAUUAAUA